GAAAAAAGGGGUCCUUUUUCAUUUCCUCCGGUCAGAGUCAGAGUGAAUCUUCGGUAAGCGUUUGGAAAAGCUGAGAAAUGGAUGGAGAAAAAUGGCGCAAUUUUUUCCUUGUUACAUUUUGCUUCUGCUUCUCGAUCCUUGAUUUCUCUCGCAGGUUUCGGUGCUAUUUGGUCGAUUUUGACUUCGUUUCUGCGUUUUUGGACUCUUGUGGACAGAUAAUUGCGAGGAAAUCUCGUAUCUGUUUUCUAAUUAGUUAAGGAGGGGGUUGCAAAGGUUAACAUAAUGAGAGGAAAAGAACCAACAGCUGAAAAGUUUUUUGUUUUGAAUACUGGGGCCAAGAUUCCAGCUAUAGGACUUGGGACAUGGCAAUCUGGAGGCGAUAUCUGCAUUGAAGCAGUGACAUCAGCUUUAAGGGCCGGAUAUCGACAUAUAGAUUGUGCACAUCUAUAUGGAAAUGAAGUUGAAGUUGGCAAAGCUCUGGCAGAAGUUUUUCAUGGUGGACUUAGGAGGGAAGAUUUGUUUUUGACUUCUAAGCUGUAUUUUGCUACUAAUUCUCAUAAGAGGAUUGAAAAUUCUGUUAGAGUUUCUCUACAAAGUCUUGGUGUGUCCUAUUUAGAUUUGUAUCUAGUACAUUGGCUUGAGAGUUCAGCUAUGGAAGAUGCCACAGACCCUCCCUUGAAAUCGGGGAAUGAAUAUAAGCAAUUCUUGCAUCGGUUGAAACCGACAUGGAAAGCUAUGGAAAACUUAGUGGAGAUGGGUCUUGUUCGUGCCAUUGGUGUAAGCAAUUUCACUAGUCAGCAGAUCAGUGAACUACUUCAGUUUGCUAAAAUUGUUCCAGCUGUUAACCAGGUGGAGCUGCAUCCAUUCUGGAAGCAGGAUGAGCUUGUUAAGUUUUGCCAACAGCGCUGUAUUCAUGUCUCAGCUCAUACUCCUCUGGGAGUGCCUGCAAGUAAUUCUUGCUUGAACGUUGGUCCUGGUUUUUCAGAUAGUGGCUCAGAAGAUGAGCCUGGAACUCCUAGAAUAGCAUUCAGAAGGUCGAGAUCAGUUCAUGGACCGAUGCUGAAGCUCUCUGUCGUUGCAGAAAUUGCAGAACAACAUAAAAAGACACCUGAGCAGGUGAUUUUGAGAUGGGGAUUACAAAGAGGCACCAGUGUCCUCCCUUGCAGCCUAAAACCUAAUAGAAUUAUGGAGAACAUUGAUAUUUUUGACUGGUCGUUGUCUGACGAAGAAUGGAAUCAACUGAACAGAAUAGAGCCGCAGGUCUGCCUGUUCGGCAAUUGGCCGGUUAACACACCUGAAAGUGGGUUACUUUCUGCUGCUGGUCCUCUUCAGGCUGUGUAUGAGGUUGAAGAUGACACUGAAGACAGUUCUUGACUUUCUGCUUGCUUGCCAUAAUGUAUUAUCUUUGCAGAUACAUAUACUUGAGAGAUAUCUGUUGAAACUAAACUAUGCUAUUGUGAUGUACAUAUGUCAAAUGAAUGAAUAUGCUUGAUUUCUUUGUUUUUUGGUA